AUGGCCAUCGCAAGGCCAAUUCGGCUCCUUGGAGCAGUCGGAAUUCUGGGAGUCUUGCUCGUCCUGUACAGAUUAUCGCAAACAUCGCAAAUACYAUCGAUUACGGGUACGACAGGUACGGUGGAUACAGACAAAAUAACAGAUGGCAUGAAAAGAGAUCCUUUACUAGAUCCAACCGGAGAACCUGAAGGCAUAUUAUGGCGAGCCGAAGACCACGAUUACGCCCCCGAUAGUGAAAACUCUGCACGUAUCAAUGCGACGCUUCUUUCAUUGGUACGCAAUGAAGAGCUCAGCGAGCUCGUUACGACAAUGAAGCAGCUGGAGCGCACAUGGAACCAUAAGUUCAACUAUCCUUGGACCUUUCUGAACGAUAAGCCCUUUACGGAGGAAUUUAAGCGCAAGACCCAGGAAGUAACAAAGGCAAAGUGUUAUUAUGAACAAAUCCCCGCCGAUCACUGGGAAGCUCCCGAAUGGAUCGAUGACGAUCUAGUUAAAGAAUCGAACAAACUCCUCGAAGAACAAGGCCUUCAAUACGCCGGCAAAGCCUCCUACCACAAAAUGUGCCGAUGGAACAGCGGCAUGUUUUACAAGCAUCCAGCUCUAGCCAACACGCGAUACUACUGGCGAGUCGAACCCAAGGUUGAAUUCUACUGCGACGUCGACUACGACGUCUUCCACUACAUGCAAGACCACAACAAGACGUAUGGAUUUACAAUCAACCUCUUCGAUGCACCUGAAAGUUUGCCUUCACUCUGGCCCGAGACCGAACGCUUCCUUGCCGAACACCCCGAGUACAUCGCUGAUAACAAUAUGAUGGAAUGGCUUGUGGACGACAAGUUGCGACCAGAGCAUAACAAGAAAGCCAAUGGCUACUCUACCUGUCAUUUCUGGUCGAAUUUUGAGAUUGGUGAUAUGAACUUUUUCCGCAGCGAGGCCUACGAGGCUUAUUUCAACUAUCUUGAUCGUGCUGGUGGAUUCUUUUAUGAGCGAUGGGGUGAUGCACCUGUUCACUCAGUUGCUUUGGGUCUUUUUGAGGAUGCAAGCAAGAUUCAUUGGUUCCGCGACAUUGGCUACCGCCAUAUUCCCUACUUCAACUGCCCUAACUCACCCAAGUGCUCAGGCUGCACACCCGGCAAAUUCUACGAGGGAGCCUCUUUCCUGGCCAAGGAAGAUUGCCGCCCCAACUAUUUCAAAUACGUUGGAACUCAUUGA